GACAAUAGUCCCCUGCCGUUUGAACGAUGUGUGCCCCGGUACCCACGCGCAGUUCCGUUAAUGGUACCGCGCGUUCACGAGGGCCAAUCGAAAGAGUCGUUAGCGCGCGUAACCGUCGCCGGGGUGAUCGCGCGCCGUCGUGUCCGUGAGUGCCCGCCGCGUCGAGCUCCGGGGCCGAGAGAGCGUGGCCCCGCGUCCGCGCGUCCCCGAGUCGCGCUCGCUCGGUGUGACAGUCCGCGGAGUGAGGUUAUGUAAUUGUUUGAAAGACUCCGAAAUACCGACGGUCGGGAUGACACGCGACGGCGCGUCGGCCCACGAGGAGCAGCGGCCCGCCGCGUCGCCGCGACCGCGCCGGAGGGCCGGCCGACCGGGCCUAACCUCAAAACUGUGAGAGGACGCAAGCGAAAGUGAAACGCGCCGACCCCGAGACAUCCUUGGAGAGUCCAUCGGCGGAUUCGCUGGUCUACGGAUAUAUUUAAGGUGACACCACCCGGCGAUCCGGCUAGAAAGUGGAACCCUCUCCCGGUAGGGAGCGACCACGUGCGUUUGACGUCUCACCGGGCCACGUGACCCGGAGGGUCGGCGUCGUCUCGAGGGGAAGAGAAAUAGGAGGAGGAAGACUGGUGGAAGAGGAUCUUCUUCGUUGGAACCCCGGGAACGCAUCGACCAGCGACGGUGGACAUUUCGAGGGGUCGAUCGACCUAGGGCCCUUCGUCCUCCGGUUAAGGAACGCCCUCGAGGAUGCAGCCUGGAUCGUCUACGAGGGAUCGAUUAUCCGGGCGAGAAACUGGAGGCGGGAAACACGGCGAGGCGAGAUAAGGGCGAGGGAUCAGGGGGAGGAUGCUGCGACCUCGAUGCCUGGGGACCGUCCCUAGGUCCCAGGGUCGCGGCACGUAGAGGAGGCGAGGAGGUCGUGGAGACCGGCUGGAGGGCGCGACUCGCGGGCCCCCCGGGGACGAUGCUAGGGCCCGCGGACCCGCCGGCUCCGGGCCCAGCAGGAGCACCAGCAGCAGCGGAAGAGGCUGCUGCAACCAGUCGCAGCGGCAGCGGUUCUCACUGAGCGCUGGCGUAUCCUGGGGUGGAUCUAGGGGGCUGUAUGGAGGCCGGGGGCCUCCUGCCCCGCCAGCCCCCCCCGCAAGGCCCCCCAGGGGGCCUCACCGUCUGCGGGCCCCAGGGCCCCAACGGGACCGGCCAAUCGCCCGGCAGGCCCGGUGGUCAACCCGGCGCCGAGAUAACUGCUCCUGGCGGUGUUCCUAACCAGCUCAACGUUCCCGGUCAGCUGCAGCAGCAAUCCCAGCAGCUUCAGCUGCAGCAACAAAUGGGCCAGGCACCCGGCAUGGGUGAGGUGCUCACCCCCAAACGGCAGGCCGUCGUCGACCGGCUUAGGCGGCGCAUCGAGAGCUACCGCAGGAGGCAGACCGACUGCAUACCCAGGUUCGACCAGAGCUUCAAUGGACUCUGCGAGCAGAACAUCCAGGACACUCUGGUGCUUAAGCAACGAUUCCUCGAGAGCAAGGCCAAGCGACAGGCCAAGAAGACCGAUAAGAAGCAGAGCGAGCCCGUUGGACUCUCCGGCGUACACGUGGUAAGCCGCCUUUCCUUUGCCCAGAUCCAGUCGCUGGGGCGCUCGCCGACCCUCCAGAAAUUCCUGAAGAGGACUGCGGAGGAGUUGGAGCCGGCAGGAGGUGGAAGCGGGGAGGCGGGCUUCGGGGAGCCUCCGGUGAAGCUGCAGUGUACGCAGGCGCAGCACCAGCACCAGCAGGCCCCAGGAGGCGGGGGUCCCCCGCACCAUGGGCCCCAUGGGCCCCAUGGGCCGCAUGGGCCGCACGCGGCCGGGAACGGCUCCGGAUCCGCGGGGCCGCCCGGCGGCGGCGGAGGAGGCGGAGGCGGUGGGAGCGGCGGCCAGGGUGGCGGCGGCAGCUCCAACGAGGGUCUCACCAAGUUCUCCGUGGAGAUAGUCCAGCAGCUCGAGUUCACGACCUCGGCCGCCAACUCUCAGGCCCAGCAGAUCUCGACGAACGUGACGGUCAAGGCGCUAACGAACGCCUCGGUGAAGAGCGACCUGGUGAACUCGUCCUCGUCGCCGAAGUCGGGCCCCGAGACGCCGUCGGGGUCCUCCAGGGCUCAGAGCGGGCCUAGCGGUGGCGGGUCAGGUGGAGGAGGUGGAGGCGGAGGGUCGGGUGGCGGGGGAGGACCUCCUCCACCGGGCCCAGGGCCUCCUGGGGGUGGCAUCGGGUGCGUCGACAUUGGGAAUCUGGUCGAGUGCAAGCAGGAGCCCGACAACGAGUUCGUCGACCUGGAACAGUGCGCCGCCGCCCUGGAGAAGGACGCCGCCGCCAACGGGGCCGGAUUCCCCGGGUUCUCCGACUUCAUCGGGGACGACACCGGCGACGAGAUCAUCACCUCGGACGCGUUCAAGGAUCUCAUCUCCGAGAUCUCGGACUUCCACCCGGAGUUCAUGAAGGACUUCGACUUCGAGGACAAGAGCGUGGACCACCUCUCCGGGUCCGGGAACUCCGGGCCCAAUAACGUAACCAACAAUGGCCACAUCAAGAUGGAGGACGACAAGGAGGCCCUGCAUCAGCAGCAGCCCCAGCACCAGGGUAACAAUGGCAACGCCGGCCCUACCAACUCCAGCCCUGGAGGCACCCUGGCCGCGUCGCAGUACUCCCCGGCCAGGUUGCCGUACUCGGGCCUGGACUUCAAGUCCGAGAUGAGUCCCGCGGCUCAGACCCUGAAGCAAAUGGCCGAGCAGCACCAACACAAGAGCCAGCAGUUGGGACUUGGGUUCAACCCUGGGGCCAGUGCACCCAGGGGGCCCGCCGCGAGGUCUCCAUACGCCGAGUUCCCUCAGUUCGCCGGGGCCUCGGAUUACCUCGGCAGUCCCGGGGGUACCGUGCCACCCGGGGCCCAGGGACAGACCCCCACCGCCCAGGGACCCUAUCACAAGUCUGGAGGGAAUCCUGGCUUCCAGGGCCAGCAGGGCGACAUGUUCGUCGCCGGCCAAGCCCAAUUUGCUGGACUCGCCGACAUGAAGAGGCCCCAGCCUGGUGCCGCUGGGAAACCUGGCAUGCUGGGCCCCACCGGAGGGUACAAGCAACAGUAUUCGCCCUACGGGAGCCCCGGGUCCAUGCCCAACCAUGGAAGCCCAGGGUAUCCCCUGCCUCCUAGGGGCUCCCAGAACGCCGGGCCCAACCAGCCUGGGUCGCAGGGACCCUUCACCAGCUCCACACCUCCCAGGCCCCCCUCCGGACCUGGGACCUCCACGCUGCAGAUCAACCAGGCCCAGCAGCUGCACAUCACCAACCCCAAUCACCAGAUUCAGGUGUCCGCGGGUCAGCACAUGCAGCUGACGGGCGACCUGAAGCCCGGGGUCUCGGUGGCCGCCCAGCAGGGCAUGUACUUCAACCAGCAGCAGGCCCAGAACCAGUCGGGCCCCGGGGGCCAGGCCGACACGUAUUGCUCGGUCUCGCAGUCCCAGACGAUCAACUUCACCCAGCAGAGCCUGCGGCAGCGCGCCGCCGCGGCGGCGGGCGGAGUGCCGCAGCAAGGGGCCCCCAGCGCCGCGCGCGGCCACCCCCAGCAGGUGCCACCUGGCCAGGUCGACCAGCAUCAGCACGCUAAGCUGCUGCAGCAGCAACAGCAGCAGCAACAGAUAAUGCGCGCCCAGCAGGUGAUACAGCAGCAGCAGCACCUGGCCGGAGGUAUGGGGGGCAUAAGGCCCCCGCCCCCGGAGUACAAGGCUACCCAGGCCCAGAUGAUGCACGCCGGAAUCGGGAUGGGCCAACAGGCCAGGUUUCCGAACGCGGGACCGAUGCGUCGCGUUGCGCAGCAACCAAUGCCCCCUUCCGGUCCGAUGAUGAGGCCGCAGAUGACGCAGCAGCAGCAGCAGCAACAGCAACAACAGCAGCAGCAGCAAGCCUUACACGCGGCAGGGGGCAACAUGUAUAUGGGAGGUGGAGGCAUGGCCGCGAUCGGGGGCAUGCACCAAAUGCACCAGAGAUUGGGAUACCCCAGGACGAACAACCAGAGGCCGCCGAACGUGAGCGUGGGUCCUCCGGACGGGCUGGGGAACAGCAUCGUGGGCCGCGGCGCCCAGCAAGAGUGGAGGCACCUGCUGAUGCAGCAACAGGGCUUCCAGGCGCAGAUGCGGCCGCAGUUCAAUCAGCAGGGCCACCAAGGUGGCUUCGGGAUGGGUGGGGCAGGUGGGAUGCAGAUGAGCGCAGCGCAGAUGCAGCAUCAGCUGAUCCGCUCCCAGAGCGGCGGCAUGCCCGGUGCAGGGAUGGCGAACAGCUCGCAGAUGCAGCAACUCCUGACCCAGCAGCACCAACAACAGACCCUGGCCAUGCAGCAGAGCAACAGCCAGAUGUCCUUGCAGAUGCAGAUGUCCCAGUCGACCUCGGUCAACUCCGUGGCCACCACUGGCACAGGUUCCCCGAUGCACCCGCACCAGCAAUACGGCUCCGGUAGUCCAGGCGUCCGCGGCAUGCAGCAGCAACAGCAACACAGCCAGCCACCCCCAGCUGCGAACGAUCCCACGGUGUCGGCAGCCGCCGACUUCAGCCUCGAGUUCCUGGAGAACCUUCCCUCGGGGGACACGUCCAACUUCAGCGCGCAGGAGCUCCUAAAUUCCCUGGACUCCACGGCCGGGUUCAACCUGGACAUCCUGUAAGGACUCCUCUCGCCCUGAUCGGCGGACUCCACGAAGGGGUCCUUGUCCAAGUUGGAGGAGGAUCCAGCGGUGACCCACCCACGUCUUCGACGUUGGUGCCCGAGGUCGUCCUGGACCUGGUGUUCCAGGACGAAAUGAGGGGCAUGAAAGAACGCAAGGACCUGGAUGGUACCUGGGCGAGUCGUCAGCUAAAAGGCGAAACCCUUCGCACAGGGUGGAUCAACUUCUGGAAGGAGGCACGGUUCUCCGAUUCUCCAAGGUCGUCGCCAAGCCUUGAGCGAAAGUUUCCCCUAGGAGAGGGCCUCCUCGUGCACUGGGCUCUCUUCCUCCUCUCUCCGGCGUCAGGGAAAGCCCCUCUAGUGAGAUCCAUCAUCUUCCACCUGAAACGAGUGCACGAUAGCCGAAUUAGCCUUGAAUAGCCUUGAAAAAGCCUCUAACCCUGAAGACCUCUCCGAAGACUUCCGAUCCCAAGACCCCCCAACCCUCCCCGAAGACGUGGAGGAGAGGAAGGGUCGACUCCGUCACGUGGGGGCCCGAGCCGGGGCCUGGUGACGACGUAACGACUAGUGUAGCAUUAUUUAACCGCGUGAGGUCAAGGGCGGGUCUCUAUACAAUUAAGCGAAAGUCAAUUAUAACGCUAAUCGAGGACGAGUUAGCUCCCGGCGACGCAGCCAGGUAGUCGUCGGGGUCGCGGCGAGUCCCCAGGGUGCCCAUUGGUCUCCCCGGAGAACCGCCGCGAGGCCCGCGAGAUGAACCUCGAAGAGGACGCCGAAGACGAGUGAUCGAGGACGGGGAAGUUCGGCUCCGUCGCGCGGGAGUCGCGCCAGGGGAUCGCGACGACCCCCUCCCAUGUACAUAGGUAUAUAACGUAGCGGAAGAGCUCGGCCGAGGCCAGUCGCACUCUCAAGAGACCUCGAGGAGACCUCUCGGACCCCCGACUCGGCGACCGGACGUCCCCGGGCACUCCUGUAUUUAUUGUAUUAAGUUAAGUCGAGGAGGCGUUCGGUCGCCGCGCGAGGUUACCACCGUCGCGACGCCCCCAGGGUCCCUCCUCUGCGAGGAUCUCGUCCCCGUUCGCGGCUAAUCUUCCAAAUAGCGAUGCAUUCCAUAGGUAAAUCGAGGUGCCAGGGUGAGAUCCAGGCGAGGAGACCUCGAGGUCUCGUCCCCACCUCGAAGAAGGCGAUCGGGCGUCGCGACGGCGGAGGAGCUCGAGGGAGACCUCGCGCCCUAGGUGUCCGAGACGCGACCGGGGAAGAACGGCGAGAACGAGAAGAGGAUCUUCCCCGGCCGACUGGGAGGGAGGAAGCACACAUUGGGGCCACGAAACACACAUAAUCUAGAGAGGAGCCAGGGGUGGUGUCGAGGGGUGCGCCGGGACGGAGGGGCCAGGCGUCUUCUGGUUCCCGUGUCAAUAUUACUCGUGUAAAUCAACGGCGGAGAGGGGUGAAGUCGACCUCGAGGAAAAGUGCCGAAAAAUGAUCGAGGGAUGCAAGGGUGGGAGCGAGAGGCUCUUAAAAAAAAAUGAAUAAGACGGUGGGAGAAAAUAUCUACGAGGAAUGAGAAGCAUCAGGGACCAACUUAGGGGACAGAAGACGCCUAAAAGAGAGCGUCGAUUGGCUAAAUCGUCGCGCCGUUUACCUCGGAGAGCGCGUCGCGAUGUCUAGGAGGUCUGUUCUCGAGAGCGUCUCGAAAAGCCCCCCUUUUCGGAUUUUUGAUAAGCUAGAGAAAUUUAAAAAGUAUAUAUAUUAUAUAUAUAUAUAACGUGUACAUAUGUUAAAAGAGAAUCCGUUAGGUCUGCAGCAUUCCCAAAAAAAGAAACAGAAUAUUACUUCGCCCUGGGUUCGGUUCCUCUCGAAAUCGUCCCACGCUCGUCACGUGUACUUGUCUCUAAUUGUGUGUUACGACUACUUUCUUUUUUUCUUUACAAUACGUCGUAUUGCUACCGGGUGUACGUAGGAGCGUGUAUCGAGAACAGACCUCUCGGGUGAGUCCCCCAGGACCCUGAAGACCCGGGGACCGUCCCGGGAGGAGGGGUGCGUACACUUAAUUAAUUUGUAAUAUUUAUAAUUUUACAAAUACCGGGCAUUUCGCGUAGGAUUAGACACUGGCAGACACACACAGUACACGCGCGUACCCACACGUUGGCGAUGCAAAGCUCUGUUAUAUAUAUACAUAUAUAUAAUAAAUGCGUUGAGUUCCUACAGAA